AUGAAUGAAAAUUUAUCAAAAAUCGAGGAUUUGAUCUUGACAAAUAAAUUUGUACCAUUUCCACAAAGGCCAAAGCAACAAAUCAACAACAUCAUAAAAUAUCAGGAAAAUUUAAAACUUAAAAGUGUUGAAAAAAAUCAUCAUUGUCUAAAUGACGGUUAUGAAAAUAACAUAACCUCAAAUAUUAUCCCAAGAGCAAUUAUUCUCAAUCCUAAAUUGGUCACAUUAUGGAAAAAUAAUGGAUACAAAGAUAUUUUCCACGAUUACAAUGAUUUAGUAUUAAAAGCAACUUAUCUCAUGUUAUUUCCACCAACUAUUUUCAACAACAACAACAAUACUAAUAUUCCAGAUUUAACUAAAGUUGUUUCAAGAUUGAGGGAAUUUGUCAAUUUGGGGUUUAAAUUAACCAAACUAGUCAUGGGUGAUGUGUUGCUAUUAUUUGAAAAUGAAUUAUCGAUGAUUGGUGAAUUAAUCUUGAAAUCAUUCCAAAUAUUCAGAAAUGAAGAUAUACAACAAAUCUUGGAAUAUUGUUUGGUUCAAAUCCUCAUGCCUGAAAAAGGUCUAAAAAAUUUAACCAUUUUAGAAUUCUUGUAUGAAAAACUUGAAAAUCCCGAAGAAAGUUUCCUGAAAGUAUUAAAUAAAUAUAACAUAGGAAAUCAAUACUGUGAUUGUGAUUGUGGUCGCAAUCAUGGUGAUAAUAGUAAUAGAUUUAUACGAUUAUUUUCGUUGAAUUUAAGUGUUUAUUCCUGGAUAUUCAAAAAAUUCGAAUCUGACUCUAGAGUUACGUCGAGAUGUUUCGAUGAAAUUCUAUUGGCUAGAUAUUAUAUGGACUCCCAAUCAAUACUCACACAUAUUAAGAUGGAACAAGAUGAAUCAUUAAAAACCAUUUUUGAGACUUUCGAUAAACUGUGCAAACAAUUCUUCUUCUCAGAAAUUCCCUAUAAAACCUACCAUUUGAAAUAUCUGAUUAAAUCGGAUGAAUCUGUUUUGUUGAAUCGAUUUUUCCGGAAAUUUAUACCAAAUUUAUUUAAAAUUAAGAAAAACAGCAAGACUUUAAUAUUUAACACCGAGUUACAAGUUAAUUGGUAUGAAAAAUUGUCCAAAGUAAAAAGUAAUUUGGAAUAUUAUAAUGAUAAUAAUUUAUUUAAAAGUCAAUUUAAUCAAUUUGGUGAAAAAUUAAGUAAAAUGAAAAUUCUUAGUGAACUUCCUCCUUUUUCUAAUUGUUCGAGCAUUAAACGUCCAGUUAAUGGUGAAUCUAAUUUUAAACAAGCCAAUAAAAAGAAAAUCAAAAUUACUUGA